AUGGAACUCCUAGAGACCAACCCAUACAUUUUUACAGACCGGUUCUAUGAUGGGGAAAACUACCUGAGCCCACAUUUACACAACUACGAACAGGCUGCCUACCAAGACCGAACGGCCAUGACGCUUUGUCCUGAUGGCCGGGCAGGUAUAGAAGAAAAAGUCUCAGUUGUGGCAGACCAUAGUCCUGGCCAAUGUCUGCCUUGGGCAUGCAAAGUGUGCAAGAGGAAAAGUGUGUCCAUCGAUAGGCGCCGUGCGGCCACCCUCAGAGAGAAGCGCCGUCUGAAGAAAGUCAAUGAAGCCUUUGAAGCUUUGAAAAGGAGCACUUUAUUAAACCCAAACCAGCGGCUUCCCAAGGUGGAGAUCUUGCGCAGUGCCAUCCAAUACAUUGAGCGCUUGCAAGCUCUGCUCACUACCCUCAAUCAACAGGAACGGGACCAACCGGAACUACGCUUCUGUAAUGCCAUCACCCAGCCAGUGGUGCCAAGUGACCAUGGAUCUAGUAGCACCUCAUGCAGUCCAGAGUGGAGCACUCAUUUAGAGUUCAGCACUCAUUCUACAGAUCACUUGCUGAGUGAUGAUUCUUCUGAAGACCGCAAUCUUCAUUCUCUGUCUUCAAUUGUGGAUAGUAUUGUGGUAGAGGAUGUAGCUGUUGCAUUCCAGGAAGAGAGAUCUCAGAACUGA